UUCAUCUGUCACCCCGCUCAGCAUUCUUACCUUUCAGUGCACCUCACAGCUGGCACGCUGCAGUCCACACUAUGGACUUUCAUAUAAAUCAGUGGGGUUUAUUUAGUGUAAUCAGUUUUUGCACUCUCAUUGGACAAAAUGAAGGCAUCACACGGACUUUCUUUAUCGGGAUAAGAGAAGAGAACUGGGAUUAUGCACCAGGCAGUUAUAAUCACAUCACUGGGAAACCAGCUACUCAGGAUGAACAUGCAUCCCUGUUCCUGCUUCAAGGUCCCCAUCGGAUUGGCCAUGUGUAUAAGAAAGCCAUAUACAGGCAGUACACGGAUUCAACAUACACACAGGAGAUCCUCAAACCCGCUUGGCUGGGUUACCUGGGGCCUGUGAUUCGGGCAGAGGUUGAAGAUGUCAUAGUGAUCCACCUGAAGAACUUUGCCUCCAGAAGCUAUUCAAUUCACACACACGGAGUCCACUAUGAGAAAGACUCAGAGGGAGCCCUAUAUCCAGACGGGACCUCUGGAGCAAAGAAACAGGAUGAUGGUGUUCCUCCUGGUGGAAUUUAUACUUAUACAUGGACAGUAAAGCCAGAGUUUGCUCCCAGUCAGGGAGAUCCCAACUGUCUGACUUGGGCUUACCAUUCACAUGUGAUUGCCUACAGAGACAUCUCUUCUGGACUCAUAGGAGCCAUGCUGACUUGCAAGAAAGGAAUCCUGCAGCCUGUUUCCGAAGUGAACUACUCCCAGGUAUUUUCAGGGGUUACCUACUCUCAGGUACGAAGGACAGAUGUUGAUAAGGACUUCCUCCUAUUGUUCAGUGUGGUGAAUGAAAACCUGAGCUGGUACCUAGAUGAAAACAUCCAAACGUUCUGUUUGGAGCCAGCUGCUGUCGACCCCUCUGAUCCAGACUUCCAGCACUCUAACCAUAUGAAUGCUAUUAAUGGAUAUGUGUAUGGGAACCUUCCUGGGAUUGAGUUGUGCCAGAAUAAAAAAGUUUCAUGGCAUUUUAUGGGCAUGGGCAAUGAGGUGGACAUCCACUCGGCAUAUUUUCAUGGGCAGACGUUGCUGAUUCACGGACAUCGUGUCGACAGUGUCAGCCUGUUUCCUGCCUCUUUCAUGACUGCAGAGAUGGAGCCCUUAACAGUAGGAAGAUGGCUACUGAACUGUCAAGUUAACAGCCAUAUGCAAGAUGGUAUGCAGGCACUGUUCAAUGUUUCAGUGUGUGCUGGGGAGACAAACUCUGUCACUCCUCUGAAUGGGACAGUGAGGAAGUUCUUCAUUGCAGCAGAGCUGGUUCAGUGGAACUACGCCCCAUCGGGGAUAAACAGUUUGACUAACAUUUCACUGACUGAAAAUGGGAGUGAUUCAGAGCUGUAUUUCGGGAAGGGUAAUGGUCGUCUCGGUGGAGAAUAUACAAAGGUGGUUUAUAGAGCUUACACUGAUGAAACAUUUACAGAAAAUAUCAGCAUGGAUGCACACCUGGGUAUACUAGGUCCUGUACUAAGAGCUGAGGUGGGGGAUAUUUUACAGGUCACAUUUCUGAACAAAGCUGAUAGAAAUUACAGCAUCCAGUCCCAUGGACUCCAAUACGCAAAGUCAUUUGAGGGAGCUCAGUAUGAAGAUGACACAGAAAAAAAUGGAUCUCACGUGCAGCCAGGAGAUUCCUUCAACUACACAUGGCAUGUGAGAGAGGGGCCAUCUGACAGUGACCAGGCCUGCAUCUCUUACCUGUACUUCUCCUCAAGUGACCCCAUCAGAGACACCAACUCUGGCCUCUUUGGACCUCUGCUUGUGUGUAAGAGAGGUGUACUGAGCUCCAAUAAUAUCCGGACGGAUGUGGACAAAGAGUUCUUCCUGCUCUUUUCUCUGAUGGAUGAAAACUUGAGCUGGUAUCUGAAGAUGAACAUUCAGAUAUAUGGGACAAAUGAAUCAGACCCAGAGAAUGUAGAAUUUCAGGAGAGCAACAAGAUGCAUGCGGUGAAUGGCUACAUGUACGGGAAUCUACCAGGGCUGGAGAUGUGUGAAGGGGAACGGGUCAGAUGGCACAUCCUAGGACUUGGCACAAACGUGGAUAUGCAUGGGAUAUACUUCCAGGGAAACACCUUCCGCAGAGACGGCAUCACCCGCGACACCCUUGCUGUGUUCCCACACACAGCUGUCAGGGUUUCCAUGCAACCAGAUACAACCGGGCUUUUUGAAGUGAGCUGCAAAGUGAGUGAGCAUUUCAUAGGAGGGAUGAGGCAGCAGUACAGAGUGAAGAAUUGUGGGCAGAACUCGUCUGCUCCUCCCUCUGCUCCCACAGCGCACUACUACAUCUCUGCAGAAGAGCUAGAGUGGGACUACUCACCAAGUCGCACCUGGGAGUUCGAGAACUACAAUGCCACAGAGGAGAAUAGUCCAGGCAGUGUAUUUGUGGGGACUGGUGUGAACAGGCUUGGCUCCAAAUAUAAAAAAGUGGUUUAUAGAGAGUAUACUGAUGCCACCUUCAGGACCAAAAAGCAGCGGCAGUCUUCAGAGAAACAUCUGGAAAUACUGGGUCCAAUCAUCAGGGCAGAGGUCGGUGAAGUUCUUCAUAUUACAUUUCUUAAUAAGGCUAGUCGUCCAUACUCUAUCCAUCCCCAUGGAGUGAAGACCUCACCUCAGAAUCCAGCACCUGUGUUGCCUGGAAACAUGAGUAUGUACCAGUGGAUUGUUCCAGAGAGUUCCGGCCCAGGAGUCUCUGAUCCAAACUGCAUCACAUUUACUUACUACUCUACCGUGGACUUCGUUAAGGACACAGUCAGUGGGCUAAUUGGACCCCUGGUGAUCUGCAGGAAAGGGACGCUAAACAAGGGAAGACAAAGACUGGAUGUUGAUAGGGACUUUGCUCUUCUUUUCUUUAUCUUUGAUGAGAAUAAGUCAUGGUACUUGGAUCAAAACAUUCAAACCUACUACAACAGCUCACACCCUUUGAUCAGAAAUGCAGACUUUGAGGAGAGUAAUAGAAUGCAUGCAAUUAAUGGCAAGGUGUAUGGAAAUCUUCAGGGAGUGGAAAUGCAGCAAGGAGAGACAGUAAACUGGUAUCUGCUUGGGAUGGGCAGUGAAGUGGAUCUGCACACAGUGCAUCUACAUGGUCAGACCUUCACCUACAAGACAGGCCUGCGCCACCGGGGCGAUGUGUUUGACUUGUUUCCAGGCACAUUUCAGACACUGGAGAUAGUGGCAGAGACUGAGGGAACAUGGCUGCUGCACUGCCAUUUGGAUGACCACAUCCAAGCUGGCAUGGAGACCACCUACACCAUCAAGAGAUCAGGUGCCAGUGCUGUGACUCAACACCUGGGCAUAGUCUCCAUCUUGGCCUUUAUCUCCACCCUUGGACUAAAGUGAUGUUACCUGAAGUAUAGUUUAUGGAUACUUUAUAGACACGUUAUAGGUUUCUUUAAAAUAAUACAUAUAUGUCUAUUCCAUUUUGGUGGUACAUAAUAAAUGGGAGAUAAUAAGAUAUAAACCAAAAUCUUAGUUAUAUAGUCACUUACACAGAAAUUCCAAAACCUUGACAGCAAUUUUAUAAAUCUUUUCUUCAGUUAACAAAAGAAAAACUUUUUUGUUAAAACUUUACUUGCAGUUGACCUGCUACACAAAUUGCAGAUCUCCUAAACGCUUUUGCAUUACUGUAAGCACAUUUAAUCCAAAAGCACACUCAACCUUUCAUUAUCAUUCAAUACACAUCAUUCCACUCAGCACAAUGCAAGCCGAAUGAAACAGUCAUCACGGAUUAAGCGCAAGCUUUAAUGUUAACACAUACUGUAUUUCUAAAGUAUUGCAUGCUGAAUACAUAGAUAAAAAAGUACUCAAGUGAGCUCUUUGGAAUGUUUGAUGAUAUGAAGUGGGGCCAAAGAGAGAGGGAGAAGGUAGAGGAGGAGAGGCCAAGGAAAAGGAAGAGGAACAACUAAAGAAAUACAUGCAACUACUUAUGAGAGAAGCCAGACAGACCAGACAUCUAAACCUCAGUCACUUCUAAAUCACUUCAGCAAUCAGGAUGGAUGAAGAAGACUCUCUAUCUCUGUCUUGUAUUUUCAGUUGUUUGGUUUUGCCAGACAGAGAUGCAUAGUUAAUUGAUUUUAAGUUUUCUGAUUCGUCUUUAGGGUUUAACUGUUUUAUCUGUUUAACUAAAACAUGACAUUCCAAUGACUUACAAAUCUUAGAGAGCACGGGGUAAGAUGUGUGUUUGCUAUAAAUUAUACCAAGUCUCACUGCAAGUGAUUAUACCAGCAUAAUUCAUUCCAAGAUGAAAAUAAAAAGAAAAUUCAAUUCACUUUCUAUUUUUGCAGAAAAACGUAUCUUCUGUGUAGUUCUUGAUGCCAUAUGCAAUCUCUUUCCUUUCUGAAUCAUUGAUAGCAUUAAUAACUUUUCUUUUGAUGUACAUCAAAAAAAAAAAAAAAAAAAAAAAAAAACAGAUGUCACCAGCCAGGUGUAGGGUGAAUUACCAUAUAUUGGGAAUAUAUAGGAAUGUCUAAGAUUUCUUGCCAUUAAUAAAACUAAAUACUCUGACAUGUGAUCCUUUUCUGAAGUCCUCAAAGUGAUGAUGAUCUACAUGUGAAG